CAACAUCAAGAUACCGGUACAAAGUCCUCGAGAUCAUAGUAAUCAUCACGAUGUGCAGUUCAGACAUCUUCCUCGGCUUAAUCGCCAUCCUCUUCCCGCCCAUUGCAGUCUGGGUCAAGCGCGGUCUCUGCUCAGCCGACUCUCUUAUCAACAUCGCGCUCUGCAUGCUCGGAUUCUUGCCUGGAUUACUUCAUGCUUGGUACAUCAUUGCCAAAUACCCCGACAACGAGUACGAUAUGAUCCCACAAGAUGCCGAGGCAAAUCGCGUAACAUACAUUGUCGUUCAGUCGCCAAACGGAGGCCAAACACGGGUCCCAAAGAACACGGCGGGCUCAGCAAACGUUGGUUAUGGUACAACAGCACCUAUGGCGCCACCAGUCCACCAGGAUCCAAACGGGACAUGGAACAACAAUGACGCCGGAGAAGGAAGUAAUGGAGGUGCUGUCCCACCAACUUAUGCGGAAGCUGUUCGGGGUGAUCAUAAGGUGCAGACUACAGAUUAAGUCAUACGAUGUAUAAAAAGUACGAGAAGAG